GCGACUCUAUCAUUUUAAUUGAGCAAGGAUCGGCCCAGAAACCCCUGUCGAAAAAUCCCUAGCGCACCCUUGGCCGCCCGGAAUUGACGCGACGGGGAGGGGCGCCAUGAGAGAGAGAGGCGACUGACUACUGCCAACUGGGGGAGCCUGGCAGGGCCACGAUUCAUGCCUAUCCAUUUCAUACUAAUAGGACAAUGGCUUCGUCAAGCCUCCCCUCUCCGGCUUGAGAUGGAACCCUCUCGCCGACACCCUCACACUCGUUAAACCUUGUCGGCUUCGACAUCAUCAUCAUGUCCAAAAUGGCGACAUUGAUGUUGGUGCUGUCCACGGCAGUCAGCCUCGUCAGCUGUCUGGCCUCGACAGACACCAUCACCUGGGGCGGUGACAACUCCAGAGCUGGCUAUCAGACGAAUCAUAACAUGGACCCUGCGGUCGUGGCGAGUGAUGAGUUUGCCCAGAUCUUCCAGACCAAGCUGCCCGGGAACUACAACGGCGCUGCGGAGCAGAUCUUCUCCCAGCCCCUGGUCUACACGCCGUCGGAUGGCGUACAGUACGUCUACUUUGCGACCACCCAGAACAACGUGUACAAGCUGGACGCAAAGACGGGCCAGAUCGUCGCCUCCAGGAACCUGCACAUCCCUUUCCUGACCGCCGACCUCAACGGAUGCGUCGACAUCAACCCGCUCGUCGGAAUCACCUCGACCGGCGUCAUCGACCCAGAAACCGAUACGCUGUACUACACGUCCAAGACCUAUGCCAACCAGGCCGGAGGCAAUGGCGCCCAGGGUAAGCCCGAAGGCCGCUACUAUCUCCACGCCCUCGACGUCAACGACCUGAGCGAGAGACCGAACUUCCCUGUCGAUCUCGAGGGCACCGUUGCCAGGAACAACCCCUCCCGCAGCUUCAACGGCGGCAUCCACCACCAGAGGCCCGCCCUCCUACACACGGGCCAGUUCAUCUACGCCGGCUUCGCAUCCCACUGUGUCCAGUACAACUUCACCGGCUGGAUCAUGGGCUGGGACAAGACCACGGGUGCCACCGUCGAGCGAUUCGCCACCGAGGGCGCCGGAGUCCCGGAUACCACCAAAGGCGGCGGCGUCUGGAUGUCUGGAGGAGGCCUUGCUUCCGACGAUCGCGGAUCCAUCUUCUUUGCCACGGGCAACGGAUACGCAUCCCAGCUCGCCGACAUCCCCGUCAACGGCCGCGAGCCCCCGACGGCCCUCGAGGAGGCCGCCGUGCACAUGACCAUCAACGACGACGGCAGCUUGUCCAUCAUCGACUUCUUCAUGCCCUGGGAGAAACGGGCCCUCGACGGCGCCGACAAGGAUCUCGGAACGAGCCCCCUUGAAAUCCUGCCCAGCCAGUUCUCCUGCGGCGACGUCACGCGCAUCGGUGUCGUGACCGGCAAGAGCGGGAAGACGUACUGGCUGAACCUGGACGACUUGGGCGGAUACAUGAACGGGCCAAACAAGGGCGACAGGGUCAUCCAGGUCUACCAGAAUGAGAACUCGGUCUACGCCGGCGCCGGCGUGUAUCCUUUGGAAGGCGGAUACGUCUACAUCAACGUCAUCCGAUACCCGUCCCACGUCUUCAAGUUCUCUUGCAGCAACGGAGUCCCCUCCUUCACCAAGGUCGCCGACAGCCCCGAAUCCAACGCAUACAUCCUCGGCGUCAGCCACGGCACCGUCACGUCCCUCAACGGCCAGGAAGGAACCGGCCUCGUCUGGACCACCGACGUCCAGGGAGACAGCCUGCGCAUCUACAAUGCAAUCCCGGAAGCCGGCCAGAUGGUCCUCAUCAAGUCUUUCAAGAUUAACGGCGUCGUCAAGUUCACCAGAGCAGUCUUCGGAGACGGCCGGGUCUACAUGGGCUCGAACCAGGGCUACGUCUACGGCUGGGGAGCCUCGACGGUGGCGGCACUCAACUGCACAUCCCCCAACGAGUUUGGAGCCCAGGAUGUUGGCGCCGAGACCCAGACCAAGACCAUCACCUGCAAGGCCAACAUUCCUGUCACGGUGAACUCUCUCAACCUGACCGACACGACCAACUUCGCCGUCGAGGGACUCCCGACCUUCCCUCUUCAGCUAGCCGUGGGCGCGACCUUCGGCUUCAGCGCCACGUUCAACCCCGCCAAGGUUGGCAAGCUCUCUGCCACCGCCAUCCUCAGCACCACCAACAGCCAGAAGGGAUUCAGCAAGACGACCGCGGUCCGCCUUUCGGGCACUGGAGAGAGCGCCGGCCCUCUCCUCGACAUCUCUCCCGAAACCGUCACCUUCCAGGAGGUCGCCGUUGGAGGGGAACCUGUGUCACAGACGGCCAUUUUCUCCAACGACGGCAACUCGGACCUCAGCAUUUCAAGCAUCAAAUACUCCGAGAACGGCCCCGACGGUCCUUUCGUCACAGCCGACGGAUCCAGUGUCGGGCCCUUUACUUUCGAGGGCCUCCCGUCCGUCAUUGGAGCCAACUCUGAGGCGACAGUCACGGUCACGUACAACCCAACCGAGACGGGCAACUUCACCGUCUACGUCGUGGUCGACACCGACGGCGGCAAGGAGACUCUUGUUGUGCAGGCGUCGUCAGGCCCCGCGCCGGCGGCGCUCCUCGAGUUCCAGACCCCCGACGGCUCGGGCUGGGUCGAGUACGUGCCGGGGAUGAACUUCACGUUCGGCAACGUCACGGAGAACACGACGCGGAAUCUGAAGCUGCGGCUGACCAACAGCGGCGGGCCGGGCGCGAUGCAGCUGUCGAUCACGGUAUCGAAGCCGCCGUUUGGCGUGGGCGGCAUCGUCAACGCCGUCAACCAGGUUGAUCUCGGCGAGGGCACCAACCUCGCGCCGGGCGAGAGCGCGACAGCGACGGUCUUCUGCUCCGUGCCCAAGGCGCAGUGGAACACGGACCCGUACCUCGGCACGGCGCAGUGGACCAUGAACACCAACGACCCGGCCUGGGGCAAGCAGUUCAUCCAGUUCGCCUGCACCGCCGUGGCCGAGCAGGCGCCGCCGCUGCGCGCCAACGGCCAGGGCACGUACCGCUACAUGGGCUGCUACAAGGAGAACAACCCGGGCCGCCAGCUCAAGCAGCAGCUGUACGGCAACGACUCGAGCACGAGCCAGAUGUGCAUCGCCGCCUGCGCCAAGGCCGGAUACGCCUACUGCGGUACUCAAUACCACCGCGAGUGCUGGGGCGGCCCCAACGUGCCGACUCUGCAGGUCGCUGACGGGAACUGCAACUUUUACUGCACGGGCGACAUCAACCAGAUCUGCGGCGGCAACGGCGUCGGGUCCGGUGCCGGCGGCUCGUACAUCUCGCUGUUCGCCCUGGACGGUGAGCCAAGCCCAGGCGGCGGCGAUGGCGGGGACGGUGGCGGGGACGGUGGCGGUGGUGAUGGCGGUGGGGACACCCCCACUCCUCCGGCCGGUGGCCCCGUUGUCAACCCCGGCGUGAAUGGCUUCGUGAGCAUUGGCUGCUACACCGAGGGCGUCGGCAACACCAGGGCCUUCGACAAGCAGGUGGCUACCACAACCAAGACCGUGGGUGCCUGUCUCGCCGCAUGCGCGCAAUACACGUAUGCCGGUCUGGAAUAUGGCGGAGAGUGCUGGUGUGGCGACGUCAUCCGCAACCAAGCUAGCUCGACAGCUCUCUCGGAGUGCAGCUCGACCUGCAAUGGCAACGCCACCGAGUACUGCGGUGCCGGCCAGAGGCUCAACUUGUACCAGAAGAUCAGCGGCCCCGCGACGACAGCGUCGCCGUCUUUGCCGGUAUCGAGUGCGCCACCCACAUUGAUCGUCACCCCGAGCGCAUCGCCCUCCGUAGUCACAACACCGAGCGCAUCUUCAUCGGUGGAAACGGUGUCGACGAUCCCAACAGUCUCGACCCCCUCGACGACCCCGACCGUGUCAAAGCCAUCACCCACACCAUCACCAACCGGACCAUCAAUUGACAAGACCAUCGGCGACUGGCAAUUCCAAGGCUGCUGGACCGAAGCCACCAACAAACGCGCCCUGUCCAGCUCCACCUACGCGAACGACAGCAUGACCCUCAACUCCUGUGCAGAUUUCUGCAAGGCAUACUCAUACUUCGGAACCGAGUACGGGCGUGAAUGCUAUUGCGGAAACCUGCUUAACCCCGGAAGCGUCAUGGCCGAUAACCAGGCCGACUGCAAGUUCCCGUGUCCCGGCAACGGUCUCCAGUUCUGCGGCGCUGGCAACAGGCUUCAGCUGUACAGCAAGGCCCCGGCGGUCUCUACGAGCCCCUCGGCAUCCCCUUCGCCCUCGUCUAGCGUCUCGUCGACCACCCCGUCGACCACCCCGUCGACCACCCCUUCGAGCACCCCUUCGUCGUCGAGUGUUUCUUCGACCAUCUCCCCAACCAGCUCCACGACCUCCUCGUCCACGGCCCCGGUCUACACCGGCCCGCCCGUCGUGUCGCCCGGCAACGUCAACUUCACGUACUACUCGUGCAUGAAGGAGCCGUCCUCGGGCCGCGUGCUGAAGAACUUGGUUGAGAACGGCGUGCAGAACAUGACGAUCGAGCACUGCCUCUCGGUGUGCUCCACCUACCGGUACGCGGGCGUCGAGUACGGCAGCGAGUGUUGGUGCGGCGACGUCCUCAACAUCGUCGGCAACGCUGGCGCCACGCCGGGCGGGAACGUCAGCAACUCCGACUGCAGUUUCGCGUGCAAGGGCAACUCGAGCGAGUUCUGCGGCGCCGGGCUGAGGCUGAGCUUGUACUACUUUGAUGUCGUCAAGGCGGCGGCUAAUGCGGCAGCUUAAGGCGGAAUGAUUUGUUUGUUGUGGGGUAGGCGUGGGGGUGAGCGUGGGGUUUAAACGUUUUGACUGUUCUUGCGUGUCUUGUCAUAUAGUAGACCUCUACACAUACAUCACUUGGAUAAUAUUUCCUAAUCUGUCAGAUAUACUUGGUAAAUACAUUAUCAGUUGGAGAUA